AUCUAAAGCUCCAAUUCUUUGAACUCUUUAACCCUUAGUUGCCGGUUGCAAAGCUGCCUCCCCAUGGCCUCCGACCUGGAGACCCUCAGCGAGGCCAGUGGCACCGUGGACGAGGUAGAUGUGGAUGGCUCCAUCUCGGGCUUCUCAGGUGGCCACUCCAGCAGCUCGAAGCCCUUCGAGGUCUCUGCCGCGGAGCUCGAGGCUCGGCUACGGCUAGAGCCACCAGGGUUUGCGAGCUCUUCUCGUGGAGGUCGAGGCGUCACGACCCUUCCCGGGCGAGUUGCACUGGGCACUGCCGGACAUGUCCAAGGCCUUCGGCCUGCGCCCGUGCCGCGACAGGACCCGUCCCCCUCACCACGUGAUGAUCGGCGGCGCUUCCAUUUGCUGGAAGAGACCUUGGUCCUGAAGGAUCGAAGGAUUGCUGAGCUCCAGUCACAGGUGGACUCGCUGCGGGAGCGGCGGACGGAUCUGGCACGCAAGGUGGAGAUCGAACAGGACGUGCGGGAACAGAUCAAUUCAGAGAUCCGGGGAUUUCAGGAGAAGGCGCAUGCCGAUCUCCGGCAAGUGCGCAGCAACAUGGCUGCCUUGCACCAAAAAGAAGUGGCCCUCCUCCAGGAACGGCUCACCGAAGCGGAAGAGCGGGCGUCGCGCUUGCAGUCCCGCCUCAACCACGAGGAGCAAGCGCACCAGACGCUCCAGUUGGCACAUCAGCGGCUGGCAGCAGAGCUCCAACAUGAGAUUACGGAGAAGGUGGAGAAAGACUACCGCCUCCUCCUACAGGACUCUGAGGCUCAUGCCCGCCGCGCCCAGCUGCUGGAAGAAACCUUGGCCCUGCGCGACGAGAAGGUCGCCGAGCUGCAGGCCAAGGUGGACUCCCUUCGGGAAAAGAAGAAGGACUUGGCCCGGAAGGUGGAGCUGGAGCAGGUGAACAGCACUCAGGAAGUGCGUGAUCAGAUCAACGCUGAGAUCCGCCGCUUCCAAGAGAAGGCGCAGUCAGACUUGGAGUCCGUGCGGAGCAACAUGACGGCGCUCCAUCAGAAGGAAGUGUCAUUGCUCCAGGAGCGUGUGCAAAGCGCCGAGGAGCGCCUCUCUGGAGUGCAAAGCCGCCUGGAGAAUGAAGAGCAAGCGCAUCAAGCGCAUCAGCUCUCCUUCAGCCGCAUCCGUGCCGAGCUGCAGAACGAGAUCACGGAACUCAGUGGCAGUCUGAAGCUGAAGUGUUUCGAGAUCGAACGUGCGGGCUUCACGCUGGAGGAGGUGAGUCAGAGCCGACAGAAGCUGGAAGCGGAGAAUGAGCAGUUGAAGAAGCAGAUGGAGGUGCUGCGACAGGAGUUCUACACUCUCGAGGUGCAGUACAAGGAGGGCCGUGCCAACGAGCGAGCCGAGCUCAUGACCUUGCGGGAGCAAAUGAAGGGAUACAUGAACCUGGAGAAGGAUUUGGAUGCUACCAUCAAGAACUGUGCCGAGGCUCCUAAUGUUGAUGCACAAGACCCUUGGGUUGCAGCUGGCAAGACCCAUGGCAUGUUCGGCAGGGAACCUGCAGAAGAAGCCCUUCUCAUUGGCACGACUCUGGGCAGUGCACCCGCCAGUGCCCAACGUCGGAUCCAACAAAGCCUCCUUUUGGCGCAGGAACUUCAGAAGAAGAACCGCGAGGCUCGGGAGGCCCAGGUGAAGCUGUUGGAGGCCGAGAAGGAGAAUGGCCGUUUAAAGCAAGAUCUCGAAGCUGCUCAAUUGGAAUCUCGCGCUGCCAAGUGUUCGGAGCCGCAGGUCUAUCUCCACACCGCCCUGCGGGAACAGAAGGCCGAGACCCAGCGCCUGAAGCGCGAGCUGCGAAGCUGCCGCGUGGAGUUGGAUGGAGCACAACAGCAAGCAGAGAAAGCACAGCUCGCCAAGCUGCAUGUUGAAGAGGACUUGAGAAAGUUGCUCCUUCAACGGCAACACUUGGAUGAGCUCCGGAGCCUCAUGGUGGAGGAGCUCCCGUGCAAGCCUUUGAAGACCCUGACGGACAGCAUCAAACCUGAGCGGGCCUUACUGCCAGCGUAGUUCGGACAAACUCCUGGAUGACCUUUUGGUGGGUAGGCCACAGGCUUGGGAUUCUUUGGGAACUUCCCU